UAUAAUUCGGCAGCUUUGAAAAUUGGUUCACCAUACACAAACAAACAAACAAACAAACAAACAAAUUAUAUGGCAUUUCAGGACCACCGCCUCUCCCAAGAAGCGCCGCCCCUUCACCUCCCCCGCUACUCCGACGACCACCACUCCUCCUCCUCCGCCGCCCUCUUCCGCUCCAUCAUCCCCGAUGAAAAACCAACCCUGACCACCACCGCCUGGCUGAACAGCUCCACCCUCCACCACCAGUGGCUCCCCACCCAAAGUCAACCCUGCCCCCUCACCCCGCCGGAAAACAGCGAUCACAACCAAGACAGCGGCGGCGGAGAUUACAGUAAUAACAGCAACGAAAACAACACGGCCGACUGGGAGAAAGAGAGGUGCAAGGUGGAUAUUCUGAGCCACCCUCUGUACGAACAGCUGCUGUCGGCACACGUCACCUGCCUCCGCAUAGCUACGCCGGUGGACCAGCUGCCCGGAAUCGACGGUCAGCUUUCUCAGUCGCAUCAGCUGGUGGCUAAAUACUCUCUUCUCGGACAUGGUCACGGUCAACUCCCCCUUGAUGAUAAAGACCUCGACAAUUUCAUGACGCAUUACGUUCUAUUACUGUCGUCUUUCAAAGAACAACUGCAACAACAUGUCCGAGUCCAUGCAAUGGAAGCAGUCAUGGCUUGUUGGGAGCUCGAGCAAUCAUUUCAAACCCUAACAGGUGUAGCACCAAGUGAAGGUACAGGAGCAACCAUGUCGGAUGAUGACGAGGACAUGAAUGCAGACAGUGAUACUCAAAUUAAUUUGUUCGAUGAAUCCUUCGAUGGAUCAGACAACAUGGGAUUCGGCCCUCUUGUCCCUACAGAAACCGAGAGAUCUUUGAUUGAACGUGUCAAACACGAGCUUAAACACGAUCUUAAACAGGGCUAUAAAGAGAAGAUUGUGGACAUUAGAGAAGAAAUACUAAGAAAAAGAAGGGCGGGAAAACUGCCCGGUGAUACAACCUCCGUAUUGAAAGCUUGGUGGCAGUCUCAUUCAAAGUGGCCUUAUCCAACUGAGGAAGAUAAGGCAAGAUUGGUGCAGGAAACCGGGUUACAUUUGAAACAGAUCAAUAAUUGGUUUAUCAAUCAAAGAAAAAGGAAUUGGAACACUAAUUCUUCAACUUCUUCGUCUCAGAAAAGCAAGCGCAAGAGUAUCAAAUAGUGGGGACGGUGAUAAACCAACAGAUGAGGGUCUUGCAAUAAGAGCGGUUUUCAGGUUGAAGUAAUAUAUAGUUGUGUGUAUAUAUAUAUAUAUAUAUAUAUAUAUAUAUAUUUAUAUAUAUAUAUAUAUAUAUAUAUAUAUAUAUAUAUAUAUGCCACAACGACACUGAUAGACGGGCAAUGUUUGGCUGACGAUGGAAAUAGAAAUGGAAGAUUGCAGUAGCUUGAGGUUGCGAAGAACACGAAUUUGAUGCCAAUGCAAUGGAUUGUGAUUAAUUGGGAACCUUGAAAAUAAACGUGCUACUGCAAUAUAUGAUGUUUUGGCGUUCUAAUAUCCAAGUUUACGUUAUGCAUAGGCCAAGUUUUCGUGUAUAUAGAGUUUGAUGCUUGGUUUUUUGCCAAUAUAUAUCAUUACACAAAUCGAUUGAUCAAUCAUGAAUCAUUCUGGAUAAAA